AUCCUGUACCGCGUCAUCUCCCUCUGAUAGGGUAUCUGACUGUAGUGAACUCCAGCCCUAUCGGUGGUUGUGUCAGUCAGAAUCAUGGCGGCCAUCAGUAAAUAUCUGACUACCAAAAACUCCUCCAUAGCGGGCGGUAUUCUGCUGGUUCUAUACCUGCUGAAGCGCAGAAGAAGGACGCUCCAACGGGACGGGAGAAAAGCAGGAGCAGACGUGGUGCUGAACACUGUGAAAGAUGGCAAAAAGGACCGAGCAGCAGUGGACAAGGUUUUCUUUCUCCGGAUCUUCAGGCUUCUGGGGAUCAUGGUACCCAAGUUUUUCUGCAAGGAGACUGGUUAUCUAGUCCUUAUCGCGGCCAUGUUAGUGGCCAGGACCUAUUGUGACGUAUGGAUGAUCCAGAACGGCACCAUGAUUGAAAGUGCAAUUAUCGGUCGCUCGACAAAAGAUUUCAAGACCUUCUUGUUCAGCUUUAUCAAAUUCAUGCCACUUAUAGCCUUGGUCAACAACUUCCUCAAGUUGGGUCUGUACGAGCUGAAGCUGAGGUUCCGCGAGAGGCUCACAAAGAACUUGUACGACCAGUACCUGCAAGGUUUCACUUACUACAAAAUGGGAAACCUGGACAACCGGAUAGCCAAUGCAGACCAGCUGCUGACACAGGAUGUGGAGAAGUUCUGCAACAGUGUGGUGGACCUGUACUCCAACCUCAGCAAGCCUCUGUUGGAUAUCGGUCUGUACAUCUUCAAGCUGGCUAGUGCCAUCGGUGUUCAGGGUCCAGGCAUCAUGAUGGCCUACUUGCUGAUCUCAGGUCUGUUCCUGACCAGACUGAGGAGGCCGAUAGGCAAGAUGACGGUGACGGAGCAGCGCUACGAGGGAGAGUACCGCUACGUCAACUCUCGCCUCAUCACCAACAGUGAGGAGAUUGCCUUCUACAACGGGAACAUGAGGGAAAAACAGACUAUUUACUCCACGUUUAAGAAGCUGGUGGACCACUUGCAUAACUUUAUCUUCUUCCGUUUUUCCAUGGGGUUUGUGGACAGCAUAAUAGCCAAGUAUGUGGCCACCGUAGUGGGUUACCUGGUGGUCAGCCGCCCAUUCCUAAACCUGUCAGACCCCCGACACCUGAAGAGCACACACUCUGAGCUGCUGGAGGACUACUACCAGAGUGGGAGGAUGCUGCUGAGGAUGUCCCAGGCUCUGGGCAGGAUCGUCCUGGCUGGGAGAGAGAUGACUCGCCUCUCAGGAUUCACGUCUCGUAUCACUGAACUGAUAACAGUCCUGAAGGAACUCAACGCUGGCAAAUAUGAGCGCACCAUGGUCUCCAACCAGGAGAAAGAAUCAGACAGUGAAGAGAAAGUCCAACUGGUGCCUGGAAACGGUCACAUUAUCAACAGAGAUAACAUCAUCAAAUUUGACCACACCCCUCUAGCAACACCCAACGGAGACGUUUUGAUCAAAGAUCUCACAUUUGAGGUGAAAUCUGGUACCAACGUUCUGGUCUGUGGACCAAACGGCUGUGGGAAGAGCUCUUUGUUCAGAGUCCUCGGAGAGCUGUGGCCUCUGUUUGGAGGAAACCUGACCAAACCUGAGAGAGGGAAGCUCUUCUAUGUUCCACAGAGACCCUAUAUGACUCUGGGUUCUCUGAGGGACCAGGUGAUUUACCCGGAUACAGCUGAUGAGCAGAGGAGGAAAGGGAUCUCUGAUCAGGUGUUGAAGGAGUACCUGGACAACGUCCAGCUGGGACACAUCCUGGACCGGGAGGGCAGCUGGGACUCCAUCCAGGACUGGAUGGACGUCCUCAGUGGAGGAGAGAAGCAGAGGAUGGCUAUGGCCAGACUGUUUUACCACAAGCCCCAGUUCGCCAUUCUAGAUGAGUGCACCAGCGCAGUGAGUGUAGAUGUGGAAGAUUACAUCUACAGCCACUGCAGGACGGUGGGCAUCACCUUGUUCACAGUGUCCCACAGAAAAUCUCUGUGGAAACACCACGAGUUUUAUCUCCACAUGGACGGGAGAGGGAACUACGAGUUCAAGCCCAUCACAGAGGAAACGAAUGAGUUUGGCUCGUAACUGAACGCUGCCGUCAGCAACUGAUGCACUGCUCUGAUAACAGUCCAUUACGCCUUUGCACAAGUUCUAGCUAGAAAACAAUGUUUUUAAUCAUUUGUUUCAUUUAUUACUUGUUUUUCCUUUAGUUUCUAUUGAAAUGAUUACUUAAGUCCUGUUUAUUAAUUAUUAAUUUGUCCAGUGCUAUUAUGAGAAGAAACUUGUUUGAGUCCAGGUGGAAGUAUUCUACAGUGCUUUAAUCAUGUCAGCACAUGAUUCACAGUCAUAUCUUCACUAGAAAGAGAGAGACACACCUGUAGAUAUCACACUAGUCUUUGAGGCUCCAUGUCACCAUGAACUGUGUCCUAUGUGUCCACAUAUGGAAAAAUGUAUGGCCAACAUGAUUCCUAGACGUCCCAAGUGA